AUGGCGGAGCUGGUGGUCAGCAUGGUGGUCGGGCCACUGCUGUCCCUGGUGAAGGAGAAGGCAACGAGCUACCUCCUGGACCAGUACAAGGUGAUGGAGGGCAUGGAGGAGCAGCACAAGAUCCUGAUGCGCAAGCUGCCUGCCAUCCUCGACGUCAUAACCGAUGCCGAGGAGAAGGCGACGCGCCGAGAAGGAGUGAAGGCGUGGCUCAAGGAGGUCAAGACGGUGGCGUACGAGGCGAAUGAAGCCUUUGAUGAGUUCAACUACGAGGCGCUCCGUCGUGAAGCCAAGGAGAAGGGGCACAUCCGCAAGCUUGGUUUCGAGGGAGUGAAGCUCUUUCCUACUCACAACCGCGUUGCAUUCAGUAAUAAAAUGGGCAACAAGCUUCGCAGGAUUGUGCAGACCAUUGAGGUCCUUGUGACUGAAAUGAAUACAUUUGGAUUCAACUAUCAAAACCAAGCACCAGCACCCAAGCAGUGGCGUGAGACUGAUUCCAUCCUUAUGGACUCCGGUAAUAUUGCCACCAAAUCAAGAGAUGCAGAGACGCAGAAGAUUGUUAAGAUCCUGAUUGAUAGGGCUAGCGUCGCAGAGCUCACUGUCCUUCCUAUCGUUGGAAUGGGUGGGUUGGGUAAGACUACCCUAGCUCAGCUCAUCUACAACCACCCUGAUGUCAAGAAGCAUUUUGAGCUACCCAAGUGGGUCUGCGUAUCAGACGAGUUUGAUGUUUCUAAGCUUGCAAACAAAAUCUGUAACAGCUCCGAAAAGAACCUUGAAGAGGCACAGAAGAAGCUCCAGGAUGAGCUUAAAGGAAAGAGGUAUCUUAUCGUGUUGGACGACGUCUGGAAUGAGGACGGUGACAAGUGGGCGAAGCUAAAAGCCAGCCUUAAGCAUGGUGGGAACGGUUGUGUCGUAUUGACAACCACUCGCAAGGAAGGAGUUGCGAAACUAAUGGGUACAAUUAAAGCCCAUGACAUUGCACUUCUGGAUGAUGGAUCCAUAAAGGAAAUUAUUGAGACUAAGGCAUUCGGUUCGCAAGAGAAUAGACCAGCUGAGCUACUGGCCUUGGUUGAUGACGUUGUGCAAAGAUGUGCUGGAUCUCCCUUGGCUGCGAAUGCACUAGGAUCUGUGCUACGUGGCAAGGCAAGUCCAAGAGAAUGGAAGGCUGUCAUAAGCAAAAGCAUCGCCCAUAACAAGGAAGAUAAAAUCUUGCCUAUUCUCAAGCUCAGUUAUGAUGACCUGCCAUCACACAUGAAGCAGUGCUUUGCUUUCUGUGCUGUAUUUCCCAAGGGUCAUGACAUUUAUGUGGAACUCCUGAUACAAUUAUGGAUGGCAAAUGGCUUUAUUCGACAAGAAAAAGAUGUCCAUCCUGAAACCACUGGUAAACACAUUUUCCAUGAGCUGGUCUCAAGAUCAUUCUUUCAAGAUGUGAAGCAAGUCAAAGGGGAUAUAAAGGACGACAAUGUGUAUUGGUAUUGCCCUAAGACUACAUGUAAAAUCCAUGAUCUCAUGCAUGAUGUGGCACUGUCUGCCAUGGAAAAUGAAGUUGCUACCAUAACUGAUGAGAAUAAGCCAAAGCACAGUGAGUUUCUUCAAAACACUUGUCUCCAUAUAGCUUUGUCGUGUGAUGAGCCAGAGGCCCUUUUGAAUAAUUCCCUGAAGACAAGAUCUCCGGCUAUCCAAACACUACUAUGCCAUAGAAGAAUUGGAACUUCACUGCAUCAUAUAGGAAAGUACAACUCUUUGCGAGCCUUAUCACUCUUUCAGAGUAGGGGUGCAUUUGUACUGAAACCAAAGUAUCUACAUCACCUAAGGUAUCUCAAUGUUUCAAGGAGUGAUAUAGAGUCACUGCCAAAAGAUAUAAGCAUCUUAUAUCAUCUGCAUACGUUGGAUGUUUGUGGCUGUAAGAAUCUUAGCUGGCUUCCAAAGGAAAUAAAGUACAUGACAGCACUUCGUCACCUCUACACUCAAGGAUGUGACACGUUGAAGUGCAUGCCUCCAAAGCUUGGGCAACUCACUUCCCUGCAAACACUCACUAAUUUUGUAGUGGGUACGGGGCCUAAUUGCAGUAGUAUUGGAGAUCUGCAGCAUUUAAACGAUCUUGGUGGUUCACUAAUGCUUAGUCAACUCGAAAUUGUGACAGAAGCAAUUGAUGCGAAGAUGGCCAAUCUUGGAAAUAAAAAGGAACUCAUAGCACUGUCAUUAAGAUGGACACCAACCGAGGAGGAGAAAACACACUGUCAUAAGGUCCUAGAAGGUCUGGAAGCUCCUCAUGGACUCAAGGCUCUAAGGAUAAAUGAUUACCUAGGAACCAGUUUCCCAGUGUGGAUCGGUAUGCUGCCAAACAUGGUUGAGCUUCAUCUUUAUGAUUGUAAGAAGUCGAAGAAUCUUCCUCAACUGCGGCAAGUAUCAGCUCUACAAGUUCUAUGUUUGGAAGGAUUGGAAGAAUUGCAAUGCUUGUGUAGCGGUGGUACAUUCUUUAAUUUUCCGAAUCUAAAGGAGCUUAUGCUGGUCAGAUUGCCUGCUUUUGAUAGAUGGUGUGAAGUAAACUGGCUCCAAGGAGAGCAGGUAAUAUUUCCUCAUCUCGAGAAGUUGUGCAUUAAGAAAUGUGAAAAGCUGACAGCAUUACCAGAGGCAGCACCACUUGGACAAUCAUGCGGUCCGAAUCAUACUGAGAUAUGGUCAGCAUUUCCAGCAUUGAAGAUACUCCAAUUAGUAGAUCUAGAGAGCUUUCAUGGAUGGGAGACAGUCGAAGCCACUCAAGGACACCAGAUAAUGUUUCCUCAUCUUGAAAAGUUAUCUAUUCGCAGCUGCCAAGAAUUGAUAGCUCUACCAGAAGCUCCACUGCUCGAAGAACUGUGUGGGGUACAUUAUAAAAUGGCACGCUCAGCAUUUCCAACAUUGAAGGUGCUAAAGUUGAAAAAGUUAGAUAAAUUUCAGAAAUGGGGGUCAGCUGAUGAAGCAACUCAAGGACAACAGAUAAUAUUUCCGUUGCUUGAAAAUAUAUCAAUUCACAAUUGCCAAAAUCUAAUAGCACUACCAGAAGGACCAUUGCUCCUAGAAUUGUUUGGUGUAGAUUAUGAAAAGGCACACUCAGCAUUUCCGGCGUUGAAGGUACUUGAACUGGAGGGAUUGGAGAAUUUUGAGAGAUGGGAACAAGUUGGGGCAACUCAAGGAGGAGACACGAUGUUCCCACAUCUUGAAGAGUUAUUGAUUGGUGACUGCCCAAAGAUGGCAGCAUUACCAGCAGGUACAUCAUCUUUGGCACCAUCAGUUGGCCGUAGUAAUAUCAAAACAUGGUCAGCGUUUCCUGCAUUGAAGGUGCUAAAGUUGAAAGAGUUAGAUAAAUUUCAGAAAUGGGGGUCAGCUGCUGAAGCAACUCAAGGACAACAGAUAAUAUUUCCGUGCCUUGAAGAUUUAUCAGUUCUCGAUUGCAAAAAUCUGAUAGCACUACCGGAAGGACCAUUGCUCCAAGAAUUGUGUGGUGAAGAUUAUGAAAAGGCACGCUCAGCAUUUCCGGCGUUGAAGGUACUUGAACUGGACGGAUUGGAGAAUUUUGAGAGAUGGGAACAAGUUGGGACAACUCAAGGAGGAGACACGAUGUUCCCACAUCUUGAAGAGUUAUCGAUUCGUGACUGCCCAAAGAUAACAGCAUUACCAGCACGUACAUCAAGCCUGUUUGCUGUGCCGCCUGGCAAAGUUGCCUGGCGCACGAGCUUCUCCCAUGCGUUUGAUUUUCUCCGCCUGGGGUUAGGAUCUCUGCCUGGCGUAAGCUCUACCUGGGAGGGUUCAAAGCAAACAGCCCCAUCAUCUUUGGCACAGUCAUCAGUUGGACAUAGGGAUAUUACAACACGGUCGUCGUUUCCAAAAUUAAAGAAACUCAUGUUCCGUGAUUUAAUAAAUUUUAAGAGCUGGGGGAUCACGGAAGCAAUUAAUAAUAAACAGUGGACGUUCCCUGACCUUGAGACUGUUUUGAUUGUUGGAUGCCCAGAGUUGACAACUCUACCUGAGGGACCAAAGCUCAGCUCAUUAGAAAUACGAGGCGGCCACCAGCAGAUCUUCUUAGCAGCAAUUCCUAGAGUUAUUGAUUCACUGUCCGAACUGGCGAUGUCUUUCAAAGAUGCAGAAACAGCCUUACCAGCUGAGCACGGUGCGUUUGAGCUGGCGGACAGCAACAACAUUAAAUCCACUCUGACAAGACUGUGCCUAGGGUGGGGCUGCCACGUCCUCUUCCACUCAAACGCACUAGCAGUAUGGACAUGUUUUGUACAGCUUCAAGAUCUGAAAUUUAUUUACUGCGAUGCACUUGUCUACUGGCCGGAGGAGGAGUUCCAGAGCCUGGUAUCCUUGAGGAAUCUGGUGAUUUGGGACUGCAAUAAUCUGAUUGGAUACGCACGAGCUGGUCCUGGCCAACCAGCAUCAGAAAGGAGCCAACUUCUGCCCAACCUCGAGUCUCUAGACAUAUGGGAUUGUGAAAGUCUGGUAGAGGUCUUCAACGUGCCCGCAUCUCUCAAGAAAAUGGAUGUUCGGAGGUGUCCUAAACUUGACGUCAUGGCAUCCAUAGCUGCUGUACCACAGCUGUCUUUAUCGACCAGGGAUCACUUCCUUCCAUGCCUUGAAUCGCUAACGAUACAGAGGUGUGGCAGCUUGUCAGUGGUUCUCAACCUUCCCCCAUCCCUCAGGGAAAUAUAUAUUUUGAAAUGCGACAAACUACAACUCCUCUCGGGCCAGCUGGACGGACUCCGAAUACUGGAUAUUGAUAGGUGCCCAGAGUUGAGAUCACUGGAAUCUGUCUCUGGAGAGCUCCAAACGCUGGAAUUCCUCCGUCUUCGGGGUUGCGAAAGCCUAGCGUCUUUCUUGUCCAAUGGGCCACAAGCAUACUCAUGUCUUUGUGUGCUUAUAAUUACAGACUGCCCAGGUAUAAAGUCGCUCCCUUGGUCCCUGAGGCAGCGACUGGACAGCCUCGAAGAAAAAUAUCUAGAUGCUCGUUACCAAGGUACCCACUAA